AUGAAGUUCACCAUGAAUCCCCUAGUCCUCCUCCCCCUCCUCACCCCCAUGGUAACCGCCCUCCGCUUCGCCAUGUACGUCGACCAAUACCACACCGUGGGGCUCCCGGGCACCGAAAAGACCAGCGCGAUCACCCACGCCAUCAUGGCUUUCGCGGAGGCGAAGCUGUUCAACUCCGACUCCGAGCCAACCUACACGCCGUUCGAGAGCGUGGACACGUUCCGCGCUCGCUUCGCGCCAGGAACGAAGAUCAUGUUUGCAAUUGGCGGCUGGGGCGACACGAGUGGAUUUGCGGAGGGCGCGAAAGACGAGGCUUCGAGACAGCGGUAUGCGAAGAAUGUUGCUGCUGUCGUGGAGAAGGGGGGGUUUGAUGGUAUUGACAUCGACUGGGAAUACCCCGGCGGCAACGGCGACGACUACAAGAAAACGCCCAACAGCGAGAAAACCGGCGAAAUUGAAACCUACCCUCUCUUCCUCGCUGCUCUCCGCGAAGCCCUCGGCCCCAACAAACUCCUUUCUAUCGCCGUCCCGGGUAAGCGCAUCGACAUGAUCGCCUUCACUCCCGAACAAGGACCGAAGAUCUUCGAAUCCGUCGACAUGGUCAACGUGAUGUCGUACGAUCUCAUGAACCGACGGAACAACGUCACCGUGCACCACAGCAGCGUCGUCGACUCGUUGGAUUCGGUGCACGCGUACCAGGAGGUCGGACUGUCCGCGGAUAAGAUUAACCUGGGCGUCGCGUAUUAUGCGAAGUGGUUCACCACGAAGGGCGAGUGUGACGCGCAGCAUCCGAUCGGGUGUGAGGUCGAGCCUCUCGAGACGGCGGAUGGUGGGGAUACGGGCAAGUCGGGGGUCUUGACCUUUGAGGCGAGUACGAUGGCCGAGGCGCCGAGUGAUCUGAAGGAGAGUACGGAUAUGACGUGUGGGUUUAACGCGGGGACGUUUUGUCCUGCAGGGACAUGUUGCAGUCAAUAUGGGAACUGUGGAACGGGCGACGACUUCUGCCAAACGGGCUGUCUCAGCGACUACGGCGAGUGCAAGGGUCUCUCGGUGCUGGACAGCUGGCGCAAGGCACUAGCCGAGGGCACGACGGACGAAGAAGCCGGCGGACAGUACUACCUAGACGCGGACAACCAUCUGUUCUGGACCUGGGACACGCCGGAGACGAUCGCGCGCAAGUUCCGGGACAUCGUGGACGCGGAGAAGUUGGGGGGUGUGAUGGCGUGGAGUUUGGGGGAGGAUACGCUGAAGUGGGAGCAUGUUGAUGCGAUGAGUGAGGGGGUUAAGGAGAGGUCUUAG